AACCAACGCGGACAAAGCGCACCGCGGUGAAUGGGAAAUCUAUGAAAUUAUCUAUUAUGCUAUGGAUCAAUGGGUUAUCUUUUCAACCUCUCGUGAAAGAACAGACAGUUACUCAUCAUUUUAAAAAGGGUAACAUCGUCAUGUGUUCAUCCCCCUCACCAUGUUGGUGUGCUGCGAAUGCCUUGUUAUUGCAACACAUCGAGAGAUUGAUAAAUCGCCAUUAAGACAUGCCAAAGGAUAAACCCGUGUUGACGCCUUUGCUUUGCGGUAGUUUAAACUAGUCCAUUAAAGACCACGGACCGAACCGAAUCGUCAUGGCCAAGGCCAUCGAGCACGGGUUAAAGAAGAUCAACGAGAUCUACGACCAGGGCGAUCUCUUGUGCGAACUCAACAGGACGAACAUCCUAACCCGACAAACCGAUGACGGAGGCCAAGCCUAUGGUAAGAUCAACGUCGUCAAAGGAACGCAGUGGGACCCCAUCAAGAUUUCCAAGGAUGUUCUGCUGGAGAAGUGCAAGCUGCUUGGGUCAGAUCAGAUCGUUGGUGUGGUCUCCGGGAAGAGGUUGAGCGUAUACGACACACAUGGUCACCACGUGCAGCUGAUAGACGUCCAGAAGAAAGGUAAAGUCAAGACUGUUGAGAACAUUAAUGCCCUUGCAGUAAUCACGGACAAGAUCCUUGUUGCAGAAUCGCAGCGUUACGACAAUCUUAUCCAUGUGGUUGAGUACCCUACUGGAGAGGCUAUCAUGUCAUUGUCCAUUGAUCAGAAUGUUACUGGAAUGAUCCCUAUUAGAACAGGUCUUGUUCUUGUAAGAUCGAAAGAGAAGAUCCAGGCUGUCGACUAUGCACAUUACCCCCGUGUGGACAUCACUGAGGUCAUCAGCUAUGGUCGGACCUUGGUCAACAUGUGCGUCAAAGGAGGAAACGAUGAGCUCUAUGUUAUGUUCGUCAAGGGAAUCACGCCGAAGAUUCUUGAGAUCCACGUGCUUGGUGAUAAAUACCAGGAGUUGCACAAGACAAAGAUCACUCAUACAACCUCCAUCUUGAGUUUGAGGGCGGUCUAUACGUCACAAGGCCCAGGCUUUCUCGUGAUCCAGAUGGGAAGUACCAUCUCCACUUUCAAAUGUUCAUUUGGACUUCGUCAGAAAGGUCCACCUAAAAAGAGUCAUUUGGUGCCUCCCCCGAAAAAGAAAUAUUACGACAAGAGAAAGUUCCAACCCUCUCCCACCCCCAAGCCUGACACCGGAAUAGAAAACUCGUCUCAGGAUGAGGAAGACACAGAUGAAGAAGAUUCAGUGGCGAAUAUGAAAUCAUUCAUCGUCGCUUCAGAAGAUAUUAAGAAGAGUGAGAAAGAAAAGAGAGGCCAACAAGAAACAAAUCAGAUGCACAAGAUGCCAGAUGUGCAACACGAUAAACCAGUCUUCGAAUAUAGCGAUAUUGAUGAGGAAGGAGGUGAGAUCAUAAACAAAGAAUAUGGAAUUUCCCUCCUCAUCCAACCAGGCGCCAUCGAAAAGGGCCAACGCAAAAUAAUAGGCGUGGGACUAUCACGAGAAACACACACCAGUGGCGCAUCGGCGGGAGGAGUCAGCAUCUCGCCGGUGAUCUGCUCCGAGCCUUCGGGGCUAGAACUGGAAAAGCCGGCACGGAUUAUCCUCCAGCAUUGCCUCAGCUCGUGGUCGGAUGAUACGCAUGUCAACGUGCAUGAAUUGGUCGACGACGCCCAGAGACGCGACCGGGGAGUGAAUGAUAAAGGAGCAAAAUGUUCGAUUGGGAAGAACGGCGAGGUAACGCUCGAUGUGACACGGCUAGGAAGGUACGCCUUGACGGUUAUGGGUAGUGAUGUUAACAAGAAGCUCGUCUGCCGUCCGUUCAUCCCCAAGAGAAUGCCGUCCACGAAGAAACCCAUCAUCAACGUCCUCAUCUACGACUUCACUGACGGUAUGAAGAAGAUGAUAAUGGAAGAGUUAGAGAAUGAGUCUUUAAACCCAGUCAUCCCGGCACACAGAGGAACGAACUUCGUAUUCAAUCUGAACGGACAAGACUCACCAGAAAUCUUGCUCACCUGCAACGCCCUCGGUUCCAGGGAGGUAAAAUCGCUGUCGACAUGUGAACUGAUCGAGUUUACGUCCAAUUCAGUAGACUUUCAUGUCGAUUGCAGCGAUGGGCGAGCGCAAGAUAUCACCAUCGAGCUCAGCUAUGGAAACAAGAAAAUUGACAUGAUAUUCCAUAUGGACAUUCCCUGCGAUGUACCAGCUCAAUAUAUCACACCUGUACUAAAUGUUGACCGUAGUAGACCAAGUAAACCACCUGCAUCAUCGGACGUGCCAUCCGAGGUCUUGCACGGGAUCGCCGGGGAGGUGCCCCACAACUACUACAUCCCUCUUGGCCUCAAGCUUGGUCUGGAGAAGGCCAAGUUGGACUCCAUCUUGGUGAGCUGUGCCAACAACUCUGAGGAAGCCACCUACAAGGCCAUGGAAGCCUGGAAGAACAGGAUUGGGGUGGACAAUCGAGAGGAAUUGAGCGACGUUUUGGUCGCGAGUGAUUUGAAGAGGAUCGCGGAGAAAUUCCUAAACUAAAAUAGAUCGAAGAUAUGCUCGUGGUCAUUUCAAAACCCUUAGAGUAGAGGGCAGGAGGAUGGGGUGGGAUUGGAGGUAGUCAGUCCAAAGCCUGAAGACUUUGAAUUAAUCAAGUUUCUUCGAGAGAGUUGCGACUAAAAUACUAAUUGCCUUAGUAUUAUCUUUCAAAUGCCGUUGGAAUUUCAAGUCAGUCAAAAGACCUUGAAUUAAUCAAGUUUCUUCGAGAGAAUUGCGACUAAAAUAAUUAAUGCCUUUGCCUCUUUGAUCGUUUAAUUACUAGUCCCUAUAUGGGGCUAUGGAGGUGUGGAAAACAGGAUUAGGGUGCACAAUCGAGGGAACUGAGAGACAUUCUGAUCGGUAGUAAUUUCAAAAGAUACGCUGAUAAUUUGUUGAACUCAAAUAUACAAUAUUAUCAUUGUUCUCUUGUGGCGUAUCAAUUAUCAAAUGCCAUUGGAAUAUAAAUUCAUUCAUACUUUGAAUUAAUAGAUUUUUUCGAGAGAAUUGCGAAUAAAAUAGUUAAUGCCUUUGACCCUGUAAUCGUUCGAAUACCAGUCUCUAUAUGGGGCUAUGGAGGUGUGUAAACAUUAGUAUUGGGGUACACAAUAGAGGGAACUGAGAGACAUUCUGAUCGGUAGAAAUUUCAAAAAAGACGUUGAUAAAUUUUUGAACUGAAAUAUAAAAUAUCAUCAUUGGUCUAUUGUGGCAUGUCGAUUAUGAGAAGGGGGCAGACUUUCUAAAUAAAUUUGAAAUUAACAGCGUUUUCGAUGGAUUUUUUGGAUUGUUCAAAAGCAACUUAAGGACUUUAUAUAACAUACAAGACAUUGUUUAGCAAAUGUGUAUGGUGUCAACAGAUUUUUGUCAUUUGUCGUUUAAAAUGUCUUGGUGUGGUGUCGUUUUUCGUGUUUGUGUGCAAAGAGAGUGUAAUUUCUAUGACCCCUUCCGCCCGUGCAAGCCAGGAAGCAUUAAGUUUACCAACGAGAUCCAAUUGUAUUAUAUUGAAAUCAUGUAUCAAGUGUUUUUGAUGUUCAAAUUGUUUAACAACACAAAAUCAAAGCGAAAUAUUACCAGCAUCGGGCUUAUAUGGAGAUUAAAAUACACGUAAUCUGUCAACGUUUCAACAGGAUCUUACUGAGGUCGGGCAAUUUUGUUCAAUGAAACAUUUUACGCGGGAGUAGAAGUAGAGUCGCCUGAAAGUUGGUGAAGGAAUUUUUCCUUGUUUGUGUGUGACACAAGUAAUGCUACAGUCAUUCAAUUACAUAUGUGUGUGUGUGUGUGCUCUGUUAUAUGCUUCAUUUAUUUUUCUAGCUGCAUUUUAUCUGUGUUUGCAUCAAAUGCCAAAAUAAAAAUAAUAAAAAAUAUAUGAUAAUGUAUUCUCAUUUUCAAGAUAAUAAACUUAUGUAUGCAGAUUAAAUGAGUAACUUCCUAUGGAGAUUGAAACGUACUAAAUUUGUCAGAGGUUGAAGAGGAUCUUACUAAGGUCGGGCGUUUUUUACAAAUAUUUUAUGCUGAAGUCUAACGAGAAGAAGUAGAGUCGCCUGAAAGUUAGUGAAGAAACAAGGAAUUUCCUUGUUUGUGUGUGACGCGAUUACUGCUGCAGUCAUUCGUAAAAUUUGUGUGUGCUCUGUUAUAUGCUUCAUUUAAAAGAAAAAUUCUAGCUGCAUUUUCUUUUUUUUGCAUCAAAUGCUGCAAUAAAUCAGAACAAAUUCAUUUAAAACUGAGAAAAGCUUCUUGAUUAGAUAAUGUAUUCUCGUUUUCAAAACAUUAAACUUAUGCAUGCAUAUUCAACGAGUAACUUCCUAUGGAGAUUAAAAUGUACAAAAUAUGUCAAAGGCUGAACAAGGUCACACUGAACUUGUGCAAUUUUGUUUCAAAUAUAUCACGCUAAUGUACAACGAACGAGAAAAAGUAGAUUCGCAUGAAAUCGGUGAAGAGACCUACGAAAAAUGUCCCUUUUUUGUGACAUGAGUGCUUCGUAAAAUACGUGAAAUAUUGUUGUGUUCUCUGUUGUAUGCUUCAUUUUUCAUUUGUCCCGCUUCUUGUGUGCAUCAAAAUGCUGAAAUAAAAAGAACACA